UUCUCUCUGAUCCAUCCGCCCAAGAUGCCGAAGGGAAAGAAGGCCAAGGGGAAGAAGGUGGCGCCGGCGCCUGCCGUUGUCAAGAAGCAGGAGGCCAAGAAGGUGGUGAAUCCUCUGUUUGAGAAAAGGCCCAAGAACUUCGGUAUCGGACAGGACAUCCAACCCAAAAGGGACCUCACCCGCUUUGUCAAAUGGCCCCGCUACAUCCGGCUGCAGCGGCAACGGGCUAUUCUCUACAAACGGCUGAAAGUCCCCCCUGCCAUUAACCAGUUCACCCAGGCCUUGGACCGCCAGACAGCCACUCAGCUGCUGAAGCUGGCCCACAAGUACCGGCCGGAGACGAAGCAGGAGAAGAAGCAGAGGCUGCUGGCCCGAGCUGAAAAGAAGGCGGCUGGCAAAGGGGACGUCCCCACCAAGAGGCCCCCUGUUCUGCGUGCUGGGGUGAACUCUGUUACCACUCUGGUGGAGAACAAGAAGGCCCAGCUGGUGGUCAUCGCACACGACGUGGACCCCAUCGAGCUGGUCGUUUUCCUGCCGGCCUUGUGUCGUAAAAUGGGAGUUCCCUACUGCAUCAUCAAGGGGAAGGCCCGGCUGGGACGCCUGGUCCACAGGAAGACUUGCACCACUGUGGCCUUCACGCAGGUGAACUCGGAAGACAAAGGAGCUCUGGCUAAGCUGGUAGAAGCCAUCAGGACCAAUUACAACGACAGAUAUGACGAGAUCCGACGUCACUGGGGAGGCAACGUCCUGGGUCCAAAAUCAGUGGCUCGCAUUGCCAAGCUGGAAAAGGCAAAGGCCAAAGAACUGGCUACCAAAUUGGGCUAAUGUGUACGCGGCUGGUUUCUCUGUACAUAUAAAUAA